AUGGACACAACUACUUUACUAGAUUUGGCUAGUUCAUUUGAUAGAGUAAGUUUUUAAGUUUCAAUAAUUAAUACAAAACAUACUGAUCAAAACUAUUUCUCUAUGUGGUUUUUUAAUCCGAUAAAUAUGUUAUUGUUUCAGUCAACUGUUCUAUGGGCUCUGAUCGUUGGAAUAAUUUUGGCAUUUAUUCUUGGAGCUGGAAUGGGUGCAAACGAUGUUUCAAAUGCAUUUGGAACAUCGGUUGGAAGUGGAGUUGUUACUAUUAUCCAGGCAUACAUUUUGGCAUCAAUUUUUGAAACUCUUGGCUCUGUUUUAGUUGGUUGGAGUGUUACGGAUACAAUGAGAAAAGGAGUGGUGGAUAUAGACAAUUAUAAAGAUAGUCCAAAGGAAUUAUUAUUGGGACAAGUUGCAAUUUUGGGAGGUUGUGCAUCUUGGUUAAUGAUUGCGACAGCACUUCAUAUGCCAGUUAGUACAACACAUUCUCUUGUGGGUGCAACAAUUGGUUUUUCUGUUGUUCUUCGUGGAUUCGAAGGCAUUCGAUGGUGGGCAAUUGCAAAAAUUGUUGCUUCCUGGUUUGUUUCUCCUGUAUUAUCCGGAACAAUCUCAUCUGUUAUUUAUCUGCUUGUCGAUCAUAUUGUUUUGAGAAAUAAGAAUCCAGUGAAGCGCGGACUUUUUGUGCUCCCUUUCAUUUAUUUUAUAUGCCUUGCUUUUAAUGCAGUUAUGAUUUUUUGGGAUGGUUCUCAACUUCUUCAUUUUAAUGAACUUCCUUGGUGGGCAAUUGUUAUUAUUGCAUUAGGCGUUGGUUUCAUUGCUGCUUUAUUUGCUCAAUUUAUUAUGAAACCAAGAAUUCGCUCGAAAAUUCAAGAUAUUCAGGAAGAAUCUAGUCCUCGGGGAUUUUCGGAUAUUGAAACACAAAGAAGUGCUUCGACAAUUUCCAAUAAAUCACUAAAAAUCGAAGAAGAUGAAAAUGCCGGGGGAUUUUUCAAUUGGCUUCUUCCAAAUCGUCAAAGAGUUGAUGACAGAUCUACAACUCAACUUUUUGCAACUAUUCAAGUUUUCACAGCAUGUUUUGCUGGAUUUGCACACGGUGCACAAGAUGUCAGUAAUGCGGUUGCACCAUUAGCAGCACUUAUAUCAAUUUAUAAAACUCAAUCAGCGGAACAAAAUGAAGCCGUAAGUUAGAUAAGCGAAUCAGAAAGAAUUAUUUAUUUUUGAAGGUUCCUAUUUAUGUUCUUCUCUACGGAGUUUUGGCAAUUUGUGUUGGUUUAUGGUCUUUGGGACAUUAUGUCAUCAAAACUGUUGGUCAAAAAAUGUCUGAAAUUAAUCCAGCAAGUGGAUUUUGUAUUGAAUUUGGUGCAGCAAUGACAGCCUUAAUAGCAAGUAAAGUUGGUCUACCAAUUAGUACAACGCAUUGUUUGGUUGGAAGUGUUGUUGCAGUUGGUUGUAUUCGAUCAGGAGAAGGUGUAAAAUGGGGAAUUUUCCGAAAUAUUGUUAUAUCAUGGUUGGUAACAGUUCCAGUUGCUGGUCUUAUAUCUGCUGCAAUUAUGCAAAUUAUAAAGUGGACAGCACUUUAG